CACAUAUAACAAAUAAAAACGCUUAAGCAUACAAAUAGCUGAAACAAAGAAAAGCAGGCAACAUGUACAUGCUUUGGUUAUGUAUUUGCUGCAGCUUGCUGUUGUUGCCAGAGGCAACGUUGACUAUGCGCAUCAAGCGCUCGGAGCAAGCCGCUGCUGCAGUACAAAAGACUGAGACUAAUAACACAACAGCAGCAGCAGCAACUACAACUGCAGCAGCCACAACAAGCGCAGCAGCAACAACCACAACCACAGCUGCUGGCAAGUCGCCUGCACUAGCUGAGGCUGAGCUGCUGUCACGUUUGCAUCACAACAAGCGUCGCAUGGCGCUGCUGAAUGAAUCGCUGCUGCCCAAAGUCAAGCCACAUGCGCAUAGCAAUGCUAACAAUCCAAUUGCUGCUCCAGCUGCUGCCCCAGCAGCAACUGCACCUUUUGUCUACUACAACAAGCUCGUUUCGCCCGAUGGCAAGCAGCAGCUUAAGGAGUUUCAGCUGCUGGCACCCAAUGUGGUAAUUGAAAGCCUGCAGCGUGAUUUAAACUAUGGCCCAGAGCUAGGCGGCAUCUUUGUGCUAAAUGCUGAGCAGCCAGUCGCUGCCGCUGGCCAUGGCCAUCAUGGCAACAAGCCGAAGCAUUUGCAUGCACACAAGUCGCACAAGUCGGCGCUGGGCAUGCCGCCUUUGUUGUAUUUGCUGCAGCAGCUAAUGCAGUCCAGCAGCGGCAGCGGCAGCUUGGAGUUUGCUGAGGCAGAGGCGCGUCGUGAGCUGGACAAUCCUUUCUAUCAGUUUCUGGAUAAUGUGCUGGAUAAUCCGCUGCGCAACGCUGCGCCGAAUGAGUUUGCCAUUGAGCGUUUGUUAAGCGAACGCGAAUUGACAGAGCUGCAAAAGCAAGCAGACAAGGACAAGGACAAGGACAAGACUGAGCAGCCAGCUGUGCCGCAGGAUGAGCUUAUUGUUAGCUGUCCCAUACAUCAUGAGCAUCAUGCCAAUAACAAUGGCCAAAUUAUUGACGAUGAUGUUGUGCUAGUUAACGAAUGUCAUAUUGUCUAAACUGAGGUGGGGGUGCGAGUAUCGUAUGCAACAAAAUUUAUAGGUAGGCUGCAAAUUGUUUAAUUUCAUUUGGUUUUAUUUUUUGUGCUUUGUUUGGAAUGUUGCAAUGCAUAACUGUUCGAAAAUAAAGCGUCAAAAGCAACAAACUCAA